AAUCUAGAUAGCAACAGUUCCAUCGGGAAAUAGGAACGGUUCCUAGUGGUUUCUUACCUCCUCUGUCUGCACUCACUCUGCUUGGAACAUUAUUGUAAACAGUUCAGUCCAUAUAAACCCCGCCACAAAAAAAAAACCCCCAAUUACAUCAAACUGAUUGGAUGCCGCGCCUCGACCCCACCUAACAUCUGUAUUUAACACCCGUUUUCUCCCACCUCCCUCAACCCCUCCAUUUCUUAUUUUCAUCAAUUCACAAUUAUAAAUAAAUAAGAAACAAAGAAAGAAAGCAAAAUGGGCGUCACUAAGCAAACCAUCUCCCCCGGCAACGGCACCGACUUCCCCAAUCCCGGUUCCAUGUGCGCCAUCGACUACACCGGUGCUCUUUAUGACCCCUCCAGGGCUGAUAACCAUUUCAUGGGAAAGGAAUUCGAUUCGUCGAGGAGCAGGGGUCCGCUCGAGGUGAAUAUUGGUAUUGGGAAGGUCAUUAAGGGCUGGGACCAGGGUGUUCUCCAGAUGAGUCUCGGCGAGAGAGCUAUCCUGACGAUUUCCAGUGACUCUGCUUACGGUCAGCGUGGUUUCGCGGGUCUCAUCCCCGCGCACUCGGAUCUUGUUUUUGAUUGUCACCUUGUUUCGAUUGAUGGUAAGUCUAUCUAGGUUAGAUUUAGAUCUAAAUUUAGGAAUUGAAAUGAAUUCUGUUGGGUUCAGCAUGUCAAUUAA